UCAUUUCACACAUUUCUACUAACAACAGCUUGUGAGCAAACUUAACUUAACAAGAAGAAGAAAGUCAUGGCAUUGAUGGCAGCCACAGCAAGCUCAGCGACUGUUGUCAAGCAAUCUCCUUUCCUUGGUCAAAGAAGGGGUGCUAAUCCUCUUAGAGAUGUGGUUGCCAUGGGAACUUCUAGAUUCACCAUGGGAAAUGAUUUGUGGUAUGGACCAGACAGAGUGAAAUAUUUAGGACCAUUUUCAGCUCAGACUCCUUCAUACUUAACUGGAGAAUUCCCUGGUGAUUAUGGAUGGGACACUGCUGGUUUAUCUGCUGAUCCAGAAGCAUUUGCCAAGAAUAGGGCUCUUGAGGUGAUCCAUGGAAGAUGGGCUAUGCUAGGAGCACUAGGAUGCAUAACACCAGAAGUACUUCAAAAAUGGGUUAGAGUUGACUUCAAGGAACCAGUUUGGUUCAAAGCAGGAUCACAAAUCUUCUCAGAAGGUGGACUUGACUAUCUAGGAAACCCUAACCUUGUUCAUGCACAAAGUAUCUUAGCAGUACUAGGUUUCCAAAUUGUUCUAAUGGGACUCGUAGAAGGUUUUCGCAUCAACGGUCUUCCCGAUGUAGGAGAAGGCAAUGACCUUUACCCUGGUGGCCAAUACUUUGACCCUCUUGGUCUUGCCGACGAUCCCGUUACUUUCGCGGAGCUUAAGGUGAAGGAAAUCAAGAAUGGAAGAUUGGCUAUGUUCUCUAUGUUUGGUUUCUUUGUUCAAGCUAUUGUUACUGGUAAAGGGCCUUUGGAGAAUCUGUUGGAUCACCUUGAUAACCCUGUUGCUAACAAUGCUUGGGUUUAUGCUACAAAGUUUGUGCCUGGUGCUUAAACAUUUGAUGUCAUCUAUGAUUGCAUCUUGAUGGUUAUUGGAUUAGUGCACUUGUUUGUUUCUUGGUUCUUAAGGACUAAGGUUCAUUUUAAAGAUGGGGAUCUUUUGUUAAUAUGUUUUGUUUAAACCAAUCAAUGAGAAAAGUUAUGUGAA